CAACUGUUCUAUGGUGAAAUAGUGAAGGAAAGAAUAAAGAAAAGGAGAGAAUUAUUUCAUCAUCUCUGGCCGAUACGGCUAUGCCUACAGUCUCCGUGGAUAGAAGAGAAGAGAAUGGGACAAUGAACGAGGAGACUUCGACGAAUGGACUAAAACCUCACACCGAGUCAUUACUAGGAACCAAUGGAGUCGACAGAAGCGAGAGCAUAACUCAAGAUUUAAAACAGUUGUCCCUAACUACUUCUGUCGAUAGUGUAGGGUGUGGUUCAAGCGUUAAACUACGUUCAAGACAAAUAAUGAUUGAUAGAAUAUCGGCAAAUGGAGACUCAACCAGUAAUUCAAGACUCACCUACUCAUCUAGUCCAAUACCUUCAUUAUCGUGUCAUCAAGACGUACACAGGUUUAAAAGGAGAUCAAUGGGUUUCAGUACAAAAGUCAGUCGUCCUAUGCCACCAGUUAGAAGCAUGUCUUUACCUGCUGGUGUUCCUAAUCUCUGUCUGUUAGGAUCUUUUGAAGAGUCAGUACUUAAUGGAAGAUUAGAGCCAUGUGGAUAUGUGGAGGGGUUUACAGCUGAAUUAGGCGCAAGUGGUUCAUUCAUUCCAAAUCAUGUGACACUACCAGUCACUACGUCAUUCUUUAAUCUGUCUGAUUCUGGCGAUACUUAUGGCACAUCUCCUUAUUUUGGUCACAUUGAUUUAUCUAACAUAGGUAGAAGAGGUUAUAAAGUACCAAGCAAAGGAACUGUUCAAUUGACAUUAUUUAAUCCUAACAAGACUGUUGUCAAGAUGUUCAUAGUACAUUACGAUCAUUCCGAUAUGCCCCCGUCAUCCAGCACUUUUAUAAGACAAAAAACAAUUACACAAAAUAUACAGAAAAGACUACCACCAUCAUUGCAUUACUUAAUACAUUUAAGAUUUAUUAGUACAAGAUCUAGUAGACACUAUUUACAUACUGACAUUAAGUUGUUGUUUGCAAGGAAGGCUCCAGAUAUAGACACUGGUACAGCAUGUCAGCCAUUAUUAUCGACAAUCACUGAGGGACCUACUGAUCCUAAAUAUGGUCCCGUAGCUGAAAUUUAGAGAGAAGAAAUAAUCAUAUAAAUUAAAAGAAGACAGUUUUAUAUAAUAGUGUUAAUUGAUUUUAAUUGCAUUAAUAA